AUUUUAUUUAUAAAUUUAACGAUAAAUUGUACAUAUAUAUAUAUUAAUGUUCAAUUGUUUUAAGAAAAAUUUUGCUUUGUAAAAAUAUUAUUAUAGAAAAUGUCUGUAUUAGAAAUGAAUCUAUCUAAAGAUAAAGAAAAUAGAGAUAAAGAAGAUAAAGAAAUAGAAAAUUCUCAGCACUUUAAAGAACGUGCAGAGCGAAAUCGUCAAAAAGCAUUACUUUUAAAAAAAUCUAAGAUAAUUUCCCAUCCUUAUAUAAAAAGUGAAUGUAAAGAUUCAACAAAAGGUAUUUGCUUAAAAAUUCAAGGACAACGUGUUAUAGACAGUGGAGGAGGUUUUCUUAUAGAAGAAAGUGAUGACUUAGAAGAACAAAUGUUAAAAAUAACAUCAGAACCUGCUCCUAUUGUUGUUAAUUUACCUCAUUGUGAAGAAUGUAAAAAUGAAUUUAAAGACUCAUAUCUUCUACAAACAUUUGAUAUACCUGUAUGUGAUAAAUGCAGAGAUCCUAAGGGCAAGCACUCUCUAAUUACAAAAACUGAAGCAAAACAAGAAUAUCUAUUAAAAGAUUGUGAUUUUGAUAAAAGAGAACCUCCAUUAAAAUAUAACAAAAAAAAUCCUCAUAAUAUAAAUUGGGGCGAAAUGAAAUUAUAUUUGCAAUUGCAAAUAGAACAGAGAGCUUUAGAAGUAUGGGGUUCUGAAGAAAAAUUAUUAAAGGAAAAAGAAUUACGUGAUGUUAAAAGAGAAGGAAUUAAAAUUAAAAAAUUUAAUAAGAAGAUUAAACAAUUAAGAAUGCAAGUUAGAAGUUCCUUGUAUGAUAAAACAUCAAAAGCAUCUCAUACACAUGAAUUUGGAGAAGAUUUAUAUAAUGAAGAUGAUGAUACAUAUACACAUAGCUGCACUACUUGUGGAUAUGAAGAAACGUAUGAAAAAAUGUAAAUUUUAAAGUAAUAAUGAAUUUUAUAAUAUAUAUUA